AUGAAAAAUUCGGACAUAAAUAGUAAACACCCUCAAAAGGCAAAUUCACAUUUUACUGCAAAGCAAAAGUCCACUCAAUAAUAGAAUGUUGAAAAUUUAGGUCUUCAUAAUGGAAAUAGCAAGCAAAAUUAAGUAAAUCAUCCAUAAGCUAGCAAAGAGCAAAUAAAGUAACCUCAGAAGCAUUUUGAAUCUCAAAAUCAAUACAUAAACAAUCUAAAUUCAAAUCUCUCAUCACCAAUCGUAAUGUCUAUCUAAAAAGAAAACUAGUAUCUAGGAAGCACAAAUAGGAAGCAAUUGAGUGUAAUGAGAGGAUUUAACUGUAAUUUGGAUGCUAACAACUUUAGUGUAAAUGGGAAAAACUAUAAUGCAGACGAGGAAUCUUUGGUAUUUUCUCAUAUGAAAGAAGGAAAUACUUACAACUAACUUUAGAGAUUAUAAGCAUUUGAAAACCUUAAGGACAAUCUCUUCGACUCAUCUAUAUGCUCGCAAUCGAUUCAUUAGCUAGAGGAUGUGGUCGACCAACUAAUGUAUUAGCAUUAAGAUCAUCCUUAUGAGACAGCUAUUGAUUCAGCCAAGAAAAUGGCAAGAAUUACGAAUCCUAAUAUAAUGGGAGGAGAUUAGGAACAAAAUAUUCACAAUUAUUAUGAUAAAGUAGAUGAAGUCGACAAAUUUCUUCCUGAUGACAAGAGAUUCUCCAAAGAUAGAUACAUGAAUCCACUUAAUACAGAGCAGGAAGAUUUAUAUGAUAACAUUGAUUAACAAGAAACCUCUUAGGUAAAUAUGUCUUAAAAUAUGAGAAAUCUAUUUGCUCCAACUCCACCUAUGCUUUAGCCUUAAAUUUAAGUUCUUAAAGAUUAGACACAGGAUGAUAAGUUAUAAUCUAAAGAUGAUGAUAGACUAUAUAAGAUGGAUAUUUUCAAAAAUGAACUGACAAUCAAGACUGGGUUGGAUGAGAUGGGAAAGAACCCUACAUAGGAUAUUUCAUUUUAACAGAAGCUAAAUAUGGCAAGUGCUAAGUAACUAGGAUCUUUCUAGGCUCUUUUGGGAUUUAAACAAGGACUGCUAGUAAAGCACAAUCCAAAUGGAACUAAACUAAAUUAACCUAAUGAGAUAAAGUCCUCAGCAGUGCAUCAAAAUUCAAAGGAAAAUAUAGACUACUAAAAUAUUACCAAGAGCUUUGUUACUACUAAAGUAGAUGCUAAUAAAAAUGAUAGUAUUGAUAAAAAGAGCAGUUCAGGACAACCUUAAUCAUUUUCAAAUAAAAGCGACAAGAACUAGAAAACAUUAAUAUGCCCUCAGAGCUAGCUAGAUUAGAUAAAGAUUGAGCCAUAGACUUUAAUAGCUAAGAUGAAAAAUAACCUAUCUUCUAGGAAUAAGAAUAAUGAGAUAGUGAGUGAAAAUUCACACAACAAUACUUAAGAAAACAAAUCUGGCUACUCUCAUUAUCAUUCAUCUAAUGAAUCUCGAUAAACUCUUGAUCCUUAGGGAGCUCUCAGAAUAAUUCAAAGUAACCAGAAUGACAGGCUGAAGUCUCCUAGCAAUCAAUCAGUAGCAUCUCCUCUGAAGGUUAACAAUAACAUGAGUCAGUACGUGUAGAUACAUAGCAAUCAUCCAAUUACAACUACAAGUGCAAUGACUACUGAUAGAGCGUUUUUUCCUUCAAGCACAAGGAAUUAAAGUGGCAAGUAAAUCUACCUAAAUUCUAGAAAUCCCUCUCUCAAUCACGGUAAUCUGAAUAAGAAUAUUUGUAGAACUGUCACUAUUGAUGAUCAGUAACCUAUAGAGUAAGUCUAGUUACAAAGACCGCUGAUGAUUGCCCAUAAGAAAGAUACACAGAAUCUGAGAAGAAGAACUACAAGACAACUAAUUAGAUCAACAUCCAGAGAUAAAAUAGAGCUUUAAAUUUCCAAUUCAAACAACAACUUACUCUCUCUACACUAGUCAUUUGAUCAUAAGAAAGCUCAAGCCAACAGAAAUCUAGCAGCUUUUGCUUAAAGACCUCAAAGUAAAAAGCGAAAUUUAUCGAACACAGGAUUAACUAACUAACUGGCGAACACAUUUAGUCCCAGAAGUCAUAAGGAUGUGAAUUAAAGUAAAUCACCUUCUUCUAUUGUAAGGAAUCCUUAAUUUGAAAAUUUAAAAACAGAGAUCUUGAGACUUAUUGAAAGUAGUAAAGAUUAAGUUAUUAUCCAAGAUUAGCAGAUUUCUAAUUUCAUGCUUGGAUUAUUCAAGAAGUAUUCAUAAACUGUUGUAAACGAACUCAAAAUGUCAGCUACUCAUUAUUCAAAUUUCUUAGCUGAUAAUUAACUUAAGUCCUCUGUUAAUCUAUCUAUGUUCUCUUAAGAAACCAAACAGCAAAGAUCAAAGUCAUUAUCAUAUUAGUAAUUACUUAAGAUACUCUAGAAGAUUUCAUUAUAAAAGCAUUUCACAUAGGUUUACGAAUCUCACAAGGAGAACUCAGACCUUAAUAAGCCAACUAAAAAGGUCCAGUUCGUGAAUGAGUGCUUCAAUUUACUGAUAGAGCAAUAACUAAAAUACAAAAAAUAGGCGAUGCUUUAGCCAAAUAGUAGCAAAGGCAAUCUUCAACUAUAGCAAGCUAUUGGAAAUAUCUUUAAUCUAAGUACAUUUGAUUAGAUACUUAUUGAGGGGUUUAAUGGGUAGAAAGAUGUGAUUAAUAUGCACAGUAACAGUAAGUCUAGUGAAUAAUUGGGUAAUAGUAAUGCAAUAAAGCAAUUAUUGAUAGACCCAUAAAGCCGAUUAAUGCUGAAAAAUUACUUUAAAGAUGAGAUUUUAAGAGAAAAUAUGAAUUUUUGA